AUUACACAAAAGAUGGGCUCACAAGAAAAUAUUACAUGGGAUGUUGAAGAAGCUGGAGAGAUCAGGGUUUCAAGCAGGGAGCAUCAUUACCGGUCGGCACAGACCUUAUCGGCUUCAUUGUUGCGAACGAAGUCCGACCCUGAGCUUGUUAACAAAGUUCGGUUUCGGUGUCUGAAGAAUUUUGUAGCUAAUUUGCAACAAGUGAUAUUUGGAACCAAGCUUAUUGUGUUAUUUCCGGCAAUCCCAGCUGCAAUUGCUGCCCAGUCUUAUAAUUUAGGAAGACCUUGGAUAUUUGCUCUGAGUUUACUUGGACUCGCUCUACUUGCUGAACGUAUUAGCUUUGUAACUGAGCAAGUUUCAUUCUACACUGGUCCAACAGUGGGGGGACUUUUGAAUGCGACAUGUGGUAAUGCAACAGAGCUGAUUAUUGCUUUAUUGGCAAUACGCCAAGGGAAAAUUGAUGUGCUAAAGUAUUCACUUUAUGGUUCUGUUCUAUCGAACCUUCUGCUUGUUCUUGGAAGCUCCCUUUUAUGUGGAGGAUUGGCAAACCUAUACAAAGAGCAGAAAUAUGACCGAAAGCAGGCUGAUGUGAAUUCAUUGCUUUUGUUUCUGGGAUUGAUUUGCCAUCUGCUGCCAUUGAUGUUCAAGUAUGCUGUAAAGCCGUCUAGUGAUAUAGUGCAGGGAUCAAUUCUUCAGUUGUCUAGAGCAAGCAGCAUUGUUAUGCUUAUAGCAUAUGUUGCAUAUCUCGUCUUCCAGUUAAAGACUCAUCACCAGCUAUUUGAAGCACAGGUGACUAUUACGGCCCUACCAUUGUCCUAA